GGGGUCUUUAGUUUCGAGCUCAUCGAGCCACACACGAUUUCGGUUCUUAAACUAUCAUUUUUUAUUGUUUACAUAAAUUCAGUGUUAUUUUAGUGUAAAGAAUAGUAAAAAAUAUAGUUUAGACAAUAAAUUAUACGUCUCAUCUUGAAUUAACUUUUAAGGCUUACGAUUUAGUGGAGAAAAUUGUGAUUAAAAAAAAUCUCAAUUUCUUCAUUUUCAGGGAGUUUCAAAAGAGUCAUUUUUUGAUCAAUGGCAAUGUUGGAAUUCACGACCUGAUCAAAUUAAUCUUCCACUAACAAAAAUCACGUCACAUUAUUAAAACAGAUAACAAAGAAGAAACACGUUGAAAGUAAACUAGUCGGUUAAAUUUGUAAUGAUGGAGCAGAACGUUGAUGAACUCGCUCAAUCAUACGAAAUUAUUGAUAAGAAUGAAUUGGACACACCAGGAGUUGACGAAAGCAAUAACAAUGUCAUAACACCAACAGAAACGGCAUUAAAAUCAACAACAGAAGAUUUGUCGUCUGAUCAAACGCUUUUGAGAAAGAACGAUAAUAAUAAUAAUAAUCAAGCUUUGAAUCGAAAAUACACUCGUGAUGACUUAUUGAAACUUAGACAAGCAGCGUGCAAUGUGUUGCCUGCCUUUUCGAAAGAAUCUGUUAAGAAAACAAUUUAUACCGAAACUUCGGACAUGGAUCGAAUUUUAGAUAGGAGAAGAGUUGACGCAGUUGAAAAAAUGAUGCCUGAUUACAUGAAAAUGCCGAAUACUCGUAAUUCUUAUCAUAAGCAGCGACCGGGAGGUGAUUAUCAAUCCGGAGGUCGUCGCUCUGAUAAAGGAAAUAGAAGUCAAAACUCCAGUUUAAUUAAAGUAUCACUGCAAUCGAAUGAAGAAAUAAAGCUGAAUGAAGCAAAGAAUGCUUGGAAACCUCAAAUGUUAGUGAAUGAUCAGAAUUUACCAGAAGAAGAAAAGAAAACUGCUGAAUUGUUGAAACAAUUCCGAAGCAUUCUUAACAAGAUCACGCCAGAUAAUUUCACGACUCUUUUAGAUCAAUUGAAAGUCCUUAACAUCGACACAGUUGACCGUCUCGACAGUUGCAUUUCAUUAGUGUUUGAGAAAGCAAUAACAGAACCGAAUUAUGGAGCAAGUUACGCUCAAUUGUGUAAGGAAGUGUCAGAUGUGUUUGUGGUGCCAUUGGAUAGUAAGAAUUCGGAACAGAAGGCUGUAUUUAAGAAUCGUCUUAUUACACAGUGUCAACGUGAAUUUGAAAAGCAUCGCGGUAAUGAGUUGGUAAAGAAUAUGAAUGAACGUCUCAAAGAAAUUGAAGAUGAAGAAGACGUACAAAAGCAAGAAGAAUUAAAAGCGAAAUAUGAGCUUGAAAGUUUCAAGAUACGUCGACGUGCUGUUGGUACAGUUCACUUCAUUGGUGAAUUGUAUAAAAUUGAAAUGUUGACAUCGAAAAUAAUGGUUUCAUGCAUCAGUCAUCUUCUCGAUCCGUCCAUGUGCAGUGAAGAAACUUUAGAAUGUUUAUGUAAAUUAUUGACAACAAUUGGUAAGCGGCUUGAGAAGCUUGAUCAGAAAAAAUUUGAUUUGAGCGAAUAUUUUGUGAGUUUGGAGAAGCUUGCUGAUAAGAAGAAUUCGGCUGCAAUUAGCUCAAGAAUUCGCUUCAUGAUUCAAGAUCUUUGUGAAUUGAGGUUGAAUAAUUGGACACCUCGUAAGCUUCAACGUGAGAAUAAACCUCUGACUAUGGACGAAAUUAAACAGCAAGUCGCCAUGGAACAGUUUUUCAAUAAGAUGGAAAAUAAAGAAUCUUCGCAACGAGAUGUAGAUCGCGGUCGAGGAAAUCAAGGAAAUUCAUUCUAUCAAGGUGGAUCCAAUAAGCGUGGUGGAAAUAUCGUAUCAGAAGAUGGUUGGAGUACGCAAUACUCGAAGAGUCGUCCACUAAAGCUCGACAUGAACAAACUCAAUUUUCCUUCAUCUUCUUCAACAUCUAACGAUGACAUAGUACUGGGUGGUGUGCCGUCUUAUCAGAGCUUCACAAACCGAUUCUCUGGAUUGAAGGAAGAAGAACCCGAUCAGUCAAAUCGUCCAUACAAUGGUAGAUUUAGUGGUGGAAGCGGUAAUCAAAAUAUGAAUCAGAACAGGAAUAAUUACAGUAAUCGUGGGAAUCGUAAUAGUAAUAAUAACAAUAAUAACAAUAAUAUGAAUCGAUCAUCAGCAUCGAGAAGUCUUCAGCCUCCGCUUCAACAGAAUCCCAAACAACAACAGUUCGGUCCCAGUCGAAAAAUAUCACAUCAACCGUUUCAUCGACCAGUCGAUCUUCCAAUUAAGUCUAAUACGCUGCCUCGUAAAAUAUCAGCUCCCGCUCGACCAUUGCAACCGAUUGAAGCCAUCAAUCGUGGCCAGGAGAAAAAUCUCGUUGCUUUGCCAGCUCAAGUCUGUGAGGCAUUGAAAAAGAUGCUCAAAGCUUAUCAAAAUGACGAGAUGACAUUAGCUGACAUAGCUGAGAAAAUGGGACUUUAUAGAAUCAGCAAGAAUGCUCUCGUUCUAGUCUACAAUUGGGUUUUCGAUCAGCAUGAUAAGGAGCGCUUCCAAAUGACUGAAAUUAUUUGUGAAGGUGUUUGUCGUAACAUUAUUAUGACAAUCGAUUUACUCGACGCACUUAAAGAGACUAUCGACUUGGCUAAAGAUUUGGUAUGUGAUUUACCUCACGUUUAUUCGUACAUUGGACAGUUGCUCGCACUUCUAAUGUUGAAGCGAAUCGUUCAAUUUGAAGAUCUUUUAGUGAUGUCACAAUCGGAAAUUGAAGCGAACAAUGGGGGAACAAUUCUUAAAAAUGUCUUCAAAGUCUUUGAGCAAAAAUAUGAAAAAGAAGGAUUACGUCAACUUUAUCAAGAGUCUAAAAUUCAAUUCCAGGAGUUCCUUGGCGAUGACACACAAUUAUGUGAUUUCUUGAAGGAAAAUAAUUUUGAUUACCUCACUUCAAUGGAAACCAAGGCGGAACCAUUAGUGUUACUUGAUGAAGCCACGAAACAAAAACUUCAAGAGAUGCUAAAGGACCCAGAUGUUGACGCUAUCAUAUUGUGGAUCAAUAAUCAUAUUAAAGACCCAACAGAAAAUGGAUUCAUACGAUCAUUGACUGAUUCGAUUUUAGAUCACUGCUUCGAGAAAACAAUUGAUGGUUCAUAUGAAAUAAAUAAUCCAAAAUUGGAGAAAUGUUCCGCUAUUCUAGCUCAAUUUCUCGAUGCCAAAUCUGUACGUGAAGUUCAAUGCUUACAUUCGAUCAAAAGAAAGAUUGUUGAGCUUGAACAUCCCAGCAAUUGCUUCCAUGAAAUUCUUUCGUGUCUCUACUCUAAUUUUGCUUUGACAAAGGAAGGAUUCAUUAAAUGGCGUGAUGACAACGAUCCACUUGAACAAGAAGGAAAAGGUGUUGUUUUGAAAUCAUGCACGUCCUUCAUUGAAUUUUUGAAGCAGGACAAGGAUGAUGAAUCGUCCGGUGACGAAGACUAAACAAUUGGCUAAUCAUCACACACUAAACAUAUACACACACACAUAAAGUUGAAUGAAAUAUAUUUGCUACUAAGUUUUUUUUAUGAAGAAAAUGAAAAAUUAAGCGAGAUUAACAUUUGUUGUCAUCGUAAAUACAUUUAUUAAUAUAAAAUUUACCACGUUAUUGCUUUUUUUGCUUACUUUUUUUUUCUUCAUCAAAGUUUCAUAAAUUUUAUUGAUUAGUAAAGUGUCCUUAAUCGGAAGAAAAUUAUUGAUAUUCAAAACGUUUAGAUCGUAAAAGAAUUUUUAAAAACGAAAGAAAAUGCAAGACGGGAAAUUAAAUAAAAAGAAAAGUUUUGCUAAAUGAAGUUGAUAUAAAGCAAGAAAUAAACUUUUAAAAAAUCAUAAUUAACUAAUAACUUGACUUCAUAUAUCUAUUACAUUUUACAUAGAUAUUUAAGCCAUGCUAAUUAACAUAACAUUUGGAAGAAUCGACUUAAUUAUCAAUAUUUUCUUUCUUUCGCUUUUGUUUUCUUCGUCAAUCCUUUCCUUACAUCAUCAUGGAUCCAUUUUAGAUAUCAAUGCAUAUAAUCAUCCGAAUUUUAUUUACUAUUUUAUGUUUUGUUUCUUGGGGACUGAACUAUUAUCAAUUCUUGUUGUAUGAUUUUUUUAUCUUUAUUUCAACUUUCUAUAUCAUAAAAUUAUGUAACAAUUGAAAUAUUCAAAACAUGUAAAUUGAUUUUUGCAAAAAUAAUGAUUUUUUUUUUGAUUGUUGGAGACACAUUAAAGAAAAAUGAAUAAUAAAAAGCAUUUUCCAACAUUAAACAAGAAUAAAAUUUGAAAAGUUAUUUGAUUGAGUUUUAAGAUUUUUUAAUCUCUGAAUGAUCGACGUCAAAUUCUUGAGAAAUCUUUUGUUAAAGAAGUAAUUACCACAGUCUCUAAUAUCUAGUGAGAUGUCAUAAAAUUUUAAUUUUAGUCUGUGAGCCAUAGUUUCAUUGGAAGGUUGACGAACGCUCCAUCGAUGAUUUUCUUGAGGACCUUAGCUAAACUUUGUGAUGCUGGAACUCGCAUUUCCUGUACAAGCUCGUGUGCAUUUUGAUUUAAGAAUUGAUUGAUGACGUCGUUUAAAGGUUGGUGACUUUGAUCUUUCACUCGAAAGCGUGCGCCUUUCAUGACGAAAUCAACAACCAUCUUAUCGACUGUCAUAUACGUUUCAUUGUCCUUGAUGACUUCUUUCCCAUGAAGUUUUCCUAUAGCAUUGACGUCAGCUAAUGAUACAACAAAAAAUAUUUGUAAAUUAUUUUCAAUUUAUUGCCUAAGUCAUCUUACUGAAUUCAGCAUAAAACUC